ACGAUCAAAAUGAGCAACUAUAAAUACGAAAUAAGUGGAGAGAAAAAAAUAAAUUACUAACAAAGAGGAACAACCAAUUCAUUAAAUUUAAGUUGAGUGAAUUGUCUCUCUAGCAUUGCUUGUAUUGAAGAAACAGAGAAGAGAAGCUUAUAAAUUCAGUGAAGAUGGUGGUUAGAACUGUGGAUCUUCGCUCAGACACAGUCACUAAGCCAACUGAAGCCAUGCGGAACGCAAUGGCGAAUGCUGAAGUGGAUGAUGAUGUCUUAGGUUAUGAUCCAACAGCUCAACGCCUUGAAGCAGAGAUGGCAAGGAUAACGGGCAAGGAAGCAGGAUUAUUUGUUCCUUCAGGCACUAUGGGUAACCUUAUCAGUGUGCUGACUCAUUGCCAAAUCAGGGGCAGUGAGAUUAUUCUCGGUGAUUAUUCCCAUAUCCAUAUUUAUGAAAAUGGAGGCAUUUCCACCCUUGGAGGUGUUCAUCCAAGGACAGUGAAGAACAAUGAAGAUGGUACAAUGGAUCUUGAUCUGAUUGAAGCUGCGAUUCGAGAUCCUAGCUUUGAAAUAUGUUACCCAACCACUAGGCUGAUCUGCUUGGAGAAUUCGCAAGCUCACUCAGGGGGGAGAUGCCUUUCUGCGGAGUACACAGACAAAGUCGGAGAGCUAGCAAAGAAGUAUGGUCUGAAGCUUCACAUUGAUGGAGCUCGAAUAUUCAAUGCAUCAGUUGCACUUGGAGUGCCUGUUCAUAGGCUUGUACAGGCUGCUGAUUCAGUUUCGGUAUGCUUAUCAAAAGGUCUUGGUGCUCCAGUUGGAUCUGUGGUUGUUGGUUCGAAGAGUUUCAUUGCCAGGGCCAAAAUCCUGAGGAAGACUCUAGGCGGUGGGAUGAGGCAAAUUGGUGUCCUUUGCGCUGCUGCUUUUACCGCUUUACAAGAGAAUCUUGUUAAGCUGGAAGGAGAUCACAGAAAGGCUAAGAUUUUGGCUGCGGAACUUAACAAAAUCAAAGGGCUUAAAGUUGAUGUUGCUACUGUAGAGACUAACAUUGUAUAUUGCGAUAUACUGAAGGGGUCAAGGAUCAGCGAAACAGAAUUGGUCAAGACUUUGGAACAAUAUGGUUUACUUAUACUACCAGAAGGCCCACUGAGAGUCAGAUUUGUUCUACACCACCAGAUUUCAGAAAGUGAUGUACACUAUGCAUUGUCUUGCCUUCAGCGAGCUUUAGCAGGAGUGGCUGAAGAAAACGGUGACAUGUAACCGGAUAAACGGUUUCAGACAUGAUCUCUUUCUGUUAGAAACUCUUCCAAAUGUUACAUGGGAGAGACCAGUUUCAUUUGCAAAUUUUAGUAAAAUCUUUAAACUUCUCAUCAUGUCCUUUUAAUGAUCAAAGACUGUUUGUUCUUCAUAUGUUUGUGGUUGAACUAGUUUUAAAAUUUAUCCUAAUGAUUUAGUAAGAGAUGUAUGUUGGCU